UAUAGAAGUUCAGUAUAAUGGGUAUUUAUUUCUUAGCUAAUCUGUACCUGACUAAUACUGAUAUACCUAGGGUAUAUCAGAAAUAUUUUUCAUAAUAUUUGAUGGUUCAAAGAUAUUUAACAGCCUAUAGUCAGAAAUAUGAGACGCACUCUAAGAAGAAUCCGCACAGAACAAAUCUUCUUUCUUCUGGGGAGCUGUGCAGUAGCAGGUCUUCUGAUGUGCCUCAUCUUACAUGUUCCUCUGAGAUCCAAGCAAGUGUCUGCAAUGCAUUCAGCGGAGAGGACUCCUCGAGCUGCCGCCGCAAUCCAUGAGGAAGUGCUUAAAAUUGCGCAAGCUGCUGCAGAAAGGGCAGAAAUCAGAAAUUCUAAACAAAUCCUGGGUCCAAAAGAAAUUUUGUCCCAAGCAUUCAAAAGAUGUGACACGGAUGGCUCCCUUGGCUUAUCCCGAUCAGAGACUGAGGCUUGUGUUCAGCAGCAAGUUACGCUGCACCUCACACAGGCCAUCAGAGAAAACUUCUUUAUAUUCACUGCACUUGAUGUAGACCCUCGCAAUGGUGAAGUAUCAUGGCAAGAGCACCUCACACAUUUCUUGCGCAAGCGCGGCUAUGAUGCUGACUUUAUUGCUGCUCAUCUUGACAACCUGAAAGACCUCAAGCGGGAGGAAAAAGAGAGCAUCAUGCGCGACAAAGCUGCGUGGUCAGAAGCGGCUCGCAGUGACCCCGACACGCUCACUCUGGACGAGUUUCUGGCCUUCCACCACCCCGAGAGCUCCCAUGGUGCCAUCCUUGCUAAGGUGGAAGAGCUUCUCUAUUUCCUUGACACUAACGGUGACGGGGCCCUCACGAAGGAGGAAUAUUGCCAGAGCAACCAGGGCGCGCAACUGACGCAGUGCCUGCAGGAGCGCUUCCUCGAGGUCGACCAGAACGCCGACGGCAAGAUCGAGCGCAGGGAACUUGUGCUGUACCGCGACCCUCGCCACCCCCACCACUCCCGCCUGGAGGCGGACCGCCUCUUCGCUGCUGCUGACACCGACGCUGACGGCAGCCUCUCGCUGCCUGAGCUCCUGACGCACUCCAGCCUCUUCGUCAGCAGCAAGAUGGUUGACGUCGCUGGCAGCUUCCAUAAUGAGUUCUGAACCCCUGAGAGGCUGUUUCUUAAGACGAUUAAAAACUUUUAAAUCAUAAAAUUUUCUAAUCUAAAGGAUUUAUCAACUAAUUAGUGACAACAAUAAGUGAAAACCAUUGGACUGUUGUAUUUUUUAUAAAUCAAUUUUUUUAUAAUCCGUAUGAUUUUAAUAAUCCAGAGUCCUCUCAUUCUGUAAUUCUAGGACAUUGCGCUUGUAUGAAUUGAAAAUUGUGUGGCUAGACUGCAUGUAUUAAUUUUACUUAUAAUGAAGACUGUGAUACGAACAAAUAGCUUACGCUCAUACGCUCAUGAGUAUCAUUUUACAAGAUCCGAAAUUCACUGAAAGAAACCGGACCAGUGCGCAGAAAAUCUUAUGUCCAUAAAAUAUUAAAGUAAAAGAAAUUGCGCUGCAAGUUUUCUUAUCUACUAAAGAUAAACUGUGUUGAGAGAACUUAGUCAUUAAAUUCAAACAUUCAAUUUAGAAUCGAUAAGGAAACUUGUUAUACUCGCAAUAAUGUUAUCUAGUGCAAUAAUUUGUGUCGUUUAGAUCAUUGUACAUAAGAUAAUCGGUCUUAAGAGUUGCUAUCCUGUUGAUGUUAUACUUUCAUUCCAUUGUUAUAGAUUCCGGUUGCUAAUAAGCAUAUUUUAUAUCAAAUGUCGUGUUUGAUUAUGUCUACUAUCUCUGUUAUGGCUUCGUUCUACUAGCUCUCGAUGUCUGGCACCGGAUCUCGGUUGUAGGAACAAGCUGCAUUUAGGCAGGAUUUCUUACAUUUCCUUUCUCUGUCUUCAUCUUCAUCUCUAGGAGCGUCUUAUUUUCUAUUGCUACUUUCCAUUCUUAUUAUUUGAAAUGCUAACGCGACUUCUGUCUUGCUCCUUCGUUCUUCACUGGCCUGGCCACAAACGAUCUUUCGCCUCGUGUGGGUGAUUAACGAGCUUUGAUUUGGAAUAAUUUAGACCUUCCAACUCAUUAGUGUCAUUUAUUCUACUUACGGUGCGAGUUUGCUUAAUGGAUGCCACGCUGGCAGGCUAUUAGUCCAUUAUAAACUGCGGUUACCUACCAUGCUUCCUGGUUCAUCUAUAUAAACUAUAUACAUUAUAACCUGCAUAGAACUGCCUACGUCUCAGUUUGUGGACGUAAACAUUCCAAGAAAAAAAGUUCUUGAAUUGACGCGUUUGCUCAUGGACCUGAAUUUUUUUUUAAUUCUCUUUUUUGUAUUUUCUUUCUCAUUAUCGUUGUAGUCUCUCGACUUGACUUAAUUAUCGUUGUAGUAUCUUCGUUAUGAAGUUCCAUACCGUUCGCUGACUGUUUAGUAGUCCUGAAUGGAAAAUACAUAGUUAUCUUGGUGACCGUUUCUGGAAGUUAUCAGGUUUAGAAAUAAGUUCUUAGUGUAGUGAAAGUUUCUCAUCUGUUCGCAUAAUCGACAGGUUAAAACUGCUUGAUAUCCAAGUGAUGAACAAUUUGCUUGUUAUAUCUUGAGAGUGUCAAAUCAUUUGCCAUAGACUGUGAUAUUUUCCUUCCUCCAGUCCCCUAGCAAGAACGUAUUAAAUUGAAUGCCUU